AUGAACGAGCUGGGGGAGGAUAUUGAAGAUAUGGAAGCCCUGAGUCUAAACCGGGGUGGGUCAAACGUGAGUGGAGACAUAGAAUCGGAAAAAGGUGACAAGGGAGGAGGAGAAAAAGAGGCGGUUGACUCGGCAUAUGCAGGAGAAGUAGGAAGCAACUCACACAGCACGCUGUAUAACUACCCAACAGAGAGUGCUCAGAAAAUUUUAAAGAACCAUUUAGAAGACUAUUUAAAACAGCUAGAUUUUUACAAAAACAACCCCAAGUGUAGAAUAGACCCAACAGUCUACCUUGAAGGAACAGAGGAGGUCGAAAAUUACGUCGUGAAGGAAAAGAUACUCAUAACAACAUACUAUCAAUACAUAGACGUGUAUGAAAGCUCCAUCGAUGUAGAGGAGGACCUGGAAAGGGAAGAAAUUGUAUACGUGGAAGUUCCAAAGUACGUAACUAAGUAUAACCCUAAGGUGAUAACAAAUUAUAUUGAAAAAACUGUCGAGAUUCCAAGUGGAGAGGAAAUUAAAAGACCUGUGUAUAACAAGGUUAAUGUUCCUUACGUGGUUCCACAUGUCGUGGAGAAUGAAACACAAGUGGUGCUAAAAAAGAUUGUCCAACCAGAAAUCCACACAUCGAAUGAAGAGAUAGAAGUAGAAGUCGAAAAGUAUGUCCCCUGUUUAAUCCCAGUUAAUGUGUAUGUACCUCGGUACUUUGGAUUAUCUGCAAAGACGACGGAUGAAGUAGAGCAGUCUGUUAACUAUGUUGAUCUGACCCAGGAACAGACGGACUAUCUCAUAAAGGAAUUGAACCCCCAUUUGAAUGAGCUAAAGAGCUUCAACGAGGCACAAGUGAAACGAAUGGAAGAAUGCAUUCGCGAAUCUGAGGAACAGGCCAGGAGUCAUGGCUUAGACCCCCCGCAACCGGAACUCGUGUCGUACGACUUGGACGGGAAUAGCCAGACCCUCGACUACAGCGACUUCCCCCAGUUUAAGGAGACCUGCCUGAGGGAGUUGACAUGCUAG